GAUGAACCAGUUGAUUUUAUAUCAAAAGAGAAAGAAAUAAAAAAAAAAAUAAAAAAAGAAGAAGAAAAGUUUUUAAAAAGAAAAAGAAAUGAAGAUGAUGAAUCUAAAGAUGAAGAACUAGUUGAGAUAAAAUUUAUCAAAUCAAACGAAUAUAUAAGAAAAAAUACAAAAAAUUUUUUUAAAAAUUUCGUUAAAGGUUAUCGUGAAGAGGUACAAAAUGCCAUUGAUGGUAUGAUAAUUAAUAUUUAUCAUAAAAAUAAAAAUUGUGGUCAUUUAAUUUCAUUUAAAAGAGAGACUGAUACAUAUUUUGUUUCCAUGUCUCAUUCAGAUAAUACCACCGAUCUCAUAUUUAAACCAAAAUAA